CCAUCCCCGCAUCGCUCGGCUUACUCACCCACCAGUCCGCUUAUGCGAUAGUAAAGGGCCAUGUCGAUGCCUCAGCGUCCGGGGAAGGCCUCCCCGCGACGAGAAGAAUUCCACGGCCCCCUACGUGAAUCCUCCCGGCGGCGACACCGCACCCACGAAAGCAGCGGCCACAAUGACCCAUUGGCUUCCCCGUCCGGGCACCGUCACCAUCACCAUCGGCAUCACCGCUCACGCAGCUCCAAGCCAAGGGAGGAUGUGGAUGAAGAAAGAGGCGAAGGGGGAGAGUCACGGCCCAAGAAGAGCUUCUCCAAGCCAGAACGCAAUAGGGUCGAUCCGAGCCAUCCCAACUACCACUAUCGCCAGAAAUCGCAGAGCAUGCCCACCAAGCCUUCGACAACGGGGGAUGAACCCAUGCUGGGAGCGGAGGGGGAAGCCGAGACAAACAGUUCGCGGAGUAUGGAUUACCGAGGUAAAGACGGAGUGUACGUAACGGAAGGGAACGUUAACAAGUCUACCGACCGGCCCACUACUCGACGUCGAAUCAAGAAGCGGCGGUCGUCGCGCAAGAUGACCAAGAGAGCCGUUGCGGAAAAGCGACGGCAGGAAGCGCUCGAGCAGGUUCGCCCGCCCAGCCCAUGGGCCACGUACUGCGCGAUCAUCACGUUCUGGGCGCCUGACUUCGUCAUGAAGUGCUUUGGCAUGCCGCAGAAGGCCCAACGCAGCGCCUGGCGCGAGAAGAUCGGCCUGAUCAGUAUUAUUCUGCUCAUCGGAGCGUUCGUGGGGUUCCUCACGUUCGGGUUUACAGCGACUGUGUGCCGGACCCCCCCGACGCGGAUGCGGAUCAAUGAGGUCAGUGAUAACUACAUGAUCUUCCACGGACAGGCCUACGACCUGUCCCACUCAACGCAUCCUGCGGCGGCGGGCAUCCCGGCGGGAUCCAACGUGCUGUAUGACCUCCCUCACAAAUACGGAGGCCAGGAUGGAAGCUUUUUCUUCCAGGAGGUCAACGGAGCGUGCAAGAACCUCAUUACCCUCGCCGAAGGAUCGGAUGUGCCCACGAAUUCGGACGGGGACCUGGCCUGGUAUUUCCCGUGCAACGCCUUCAACCAAGACGGCUCUUCCGAACCCAACUUCACCGUACCGUACUACCUUGGCUGGGCCUGCCACACCGCCGGGAAGGCGCGCAAGGCUUUCUACGAUCUGAAGAGCUCGGGUGAUGUCUAUUUCACGUGGGACGACACCAAAAAUAUGAGCCGGAACUUGGCCGUCUACUCCGGGGACGUUCUGGACCUCAACCUUCUGCGGUGGUUCAACACGUCGCAGGUUAGCUAUCCGGCCAAGUUUGACGAGCUCCGCGAGAACUCCGCGGUGCGUGGCGUCGACCUGACCUACUACCUGCAGACUGGCGAGGAAAAGAAGAUCGGCGAGUGUUUGUCCCAGAUCAUCAAGGUGGGCAGUAUCGACACUGACACGGUCGGCUGCAUCGCAUCCAAGGUCGUGCUUUACGUCUCGCUGAUCUUCAUCCUGUCGAUCACCGUGCUGAAGUUCCUGUUCGCCGUCUUCUUCCAGUGGUUUCUCUCCUCCAAGUACGCCGCCACCAAGACCAGUAUGGGGACGGACUCCAAGACGCGCAACCAGCAGAUCGAAGACUGGUCCAAUGACAUCUAUCGACCCGGGCCGCGCAUCGCGGAACACAGCAUGCUCGAUCGGUCCAGCAAACGCGCCAGCUUCCUGCCCACGACGUCGCGGUUCUCGAGCCCGUACACAGUCAGCAACGGGGGGAAACAGAAAUACCAGUACGUCACCAUGGCCAGUCAGAACUCGACCACGCGGCUGGUGCCAGGCGCGACCAACUCCGUAUACAAGCACCAGUAUAACAGCAGCGGAGGCAGCCCAUCGGCUAGCCGAUCGAGUCUGGCGCUGGGUGGGCAGGAAUCACGGUACUCCACGGCCAUGCUGGACUCGGAAGCCCCUCUAGGCGGAUAUGUCCACGAGGGGGUGAUCCCCCAACCGCCGCCGGAAUGGCAGCCCUACGGGUUCCCGCUGGCGCAUUCGCUCUGCCUGGUGACCUGUUACUCGGAGGGGGCGGACGGAAUCCGCACGACGCUGGACUCGAUCGCGAUGACGGACUAUCCCAACAGCCACAAGACGAUCCUCGUGAUCUGUGACGGAAUGAUCAAGGGCAAGGGCGAGAAGUACUCCACGCCGGAGAUCGUGCUGCGCAUGAUGCGCGACCCGAUCAUCCCGAAGGACGAGGUGCAGCCGUUCUCGUACGUGGCGGUGGCCAGCGGGUCGAAGCGGCACAACAUGUCUAAGGUGUAUGCGGGCUUCUACGACUACGGGGCGGACUCGAUCAUCCCGGAGGAAAAGCAGCAGCGGGUGCCGAUGAUGAUCAUCGUCAAGUGCGGCACGCCGGCCGAAGCGACCAAGUCCAAGCCGGGCAACCGCGGCAAGCGAGACAGUCAGAUCAUCCUGAUGUCGUUCCUGCAGAAGGUGAUGUUCGACGAGCGGAUGACGGAGCUGGAGUACGAGAUGUUCAACGGGCUGUGGCAGGUGACGGGGAUCUCGCCGGACUUCUACGAGGUGGUGCUGAUGGUAGACGCGGAUACCAAGGUGUUCCCGGACAGCCUGACGCAUAUGAUCUCGGCGAUGGUCAAGGACCCGGACGUGAUGGGGCUGUGCGGGGAGACGAAGAUCGCUAACAAGACGGACAGCUGGGUGACGAUGAUCCAGGUGUUUGAGUACUUCGUGUCGCACCACCAGGCCAAAGCGUUCGAGUCGGUGUUCGGAGGUGUGACGUGCCUGCCCGGAUGCUUCUCGAUGUAUCGGAUCAAGGCACCGAAGGGGGGCCAGAACUACUGGGUGCCGAUCCUGGCGAACCCGGACGUGGUGGAACACUACUCGGAGAACGUGGUGGACACGCUACACAAGAAGAACCUGCUGCUGCUGGGAGAGGACCGGUACCUGACGACGCUGAUGCUGCGGACGUUCCCGAAGCGCAAGCAGAUCUUCGUGCCGCAGGCCGUGUGCAAGACACAGGUGCCGGACCGGUUCUCGGUGCUGCUGUCGCAGCGGCGGCGGUGGAUCAACAGCACGGUGCACAACCUGAUGGAGCUAGUGCUGGUGCGCGACCUGUGCGGGACGUUCUGCUUCAGCAUGCAGUUCGUCAUCUUCAUCGAGCUGGUGGGCACGCUGGUGCUGCCGGCGGCCAUUGCCUUCACCUUCUACGUGGUGAUCAACUCGAUCGUGCACAAGCCGGUGCAGGUGAUCCCGCUGGUGCUGCUGGCGCUGAUCCUGGGGUUGCCGGGCGUGCUGGUGGUGGUGACGGCGCACAAGCUGAUCUACGUGUGGUGGAUGAUGAUCUACCUGAUGUCGCUGCCGGUGUGGAACUUCAUCCUGCCGACGUACUCGUUCUGGAAGUUCGACGACUUCAGCUGGGGCGACACGCGGCAGACGUCGGACGGGAAGGACAAGGGCCAUGAGGCCGGGGAGGGCGAGUUCGACAGCAGCCAGAUCACGAUGAAGCGGUGGCGGGACUUUGAGAAGGAUCGUCGCCAGCGGAUGCAGCCCACCUGGACGGGGUACGACCCGUACUCGGGGUGAUGUGAUGGGGUAUAUAUUUCGGACGGUUCAUGAUUUACGACGGAUGUACUAUUGCGAUUUGACUUUUUUUAUUUAUUUUUUUUUCUACUGUAGCUAGUUUGGGUAAUG